AUGGAACCGCGGAAACGGGAGGACAAGCGCUUCCAUGGCGCGUUCACGGGCGGCUUCUCCGCGGGCUACUACAACACGGUUGGCAGCAAAGAAGGCUGGGCACCCAAGACGUUCCAGUCGUCUCGGGACGGCGGCGGCGCGCCGACGACGCAGCGCAUUGAAGACUUUUUGGACGACGAAGACGACCAGCUCCUCGGUCGGCGCCUCGAGCUCGCGUCCAAGUACGACCCGAACAACGCGGCGCAGGAUGCGACGAGCAAGCACUUGCAGCAGGCACAAGCCCAUGGCGCGUCGAUUCCCGGCUUCAUGCCCGACGACUUUAUCCAGCCAUCGCGCGACUCGGUGGGCACGAAGCUUCUCUCUAGCAUGGGCUGGAAGCAAGGUCAGGGCGUCGGCCCCAAGAUCCGCAAGAGCAAGCUGAGCCGCUUCGAUGACGACGGAGACGGCGACGACAUUGUCUACAUCGCGCCCAAGCACAACGUGGACGUCGCGGCCUUCCCGACACCCAAGCUCGACAACUACGGCGUCGGGUACGAUCCGUACAUUGACGCGCCCGAGUUUGCGUUCCUCAAGCGGCGCCAAGACGCGGCGAAACAAGCGUCGGGCGUGCGCCAGAUCAUGACGUUCGCCGACGCCAUGAAGCCAUCGGUCGGGCGCAGCAACAUGGGCCACGGGCUUAGUGCGCUCGAGGAAAACGACGACUAUGACGUGUACGCGAUCGAGACCCAAGACAACUUUGACCGCGAGCUCCACGACGGCGCGUCACGCAAGCGGCUUCGCGCCCCGACGCCGGCCGAUGCCAAGACACAUCAAGUGUGCAGCGAUGGCCGGCCGCCGCUGAAAGGCUACGUGCUUCGCCGGAUGACGCCCAAGCCGUCCAAGGCCCUUCUCGCCCCUAUCAACGUCCCACCGACGUACGAGCCCGGUCGGUUGUUUCGCCCGCAGCGGCCGUCGCCGCCAAAUUUAUACAGCGACCACGCGUUCACGCUCCCCAAGCGGGGGACGUCGACGACGCUCACGGCGACGCAGCGCGGUGCCCUCCUUGGCGAGCCGCCAGUGGCCAAGCCCGCCUUGGGCGAGCAAGUGCGCGCCGGCAUGUUGGCCGCCAUGUCGAGUCGAUUCCAGUCGGCGUCGUCCUCGAGUGACGUGGCGUCACCAAGAGCCGAAGAGCGCAAGCCGCUCGAACGUGCGACGCUGCCGUGGAAACCGGACCGACUCCUUUGCAAGCGCUUCCGCGUCCAGCGACCCGACGAGUUUGUGGAUGGCACCAAAGCCAGUGCGCUCGUCGACGAGAGCCAAGCUCGGUUUGACCGCGAGAUCGUGUCGCACCUCAAGGACGCCGACGGGUUCAAGGCGGCGCCGUCGGUGCGCCAUGACGACGACGCGUUGCCCGAGCUGCCGCCGGUCGUACGGCCGCCCGAAGACCUCUUCAAGUCGAUCUUUGAUGUCGACGAGCAAAGUGAAGACGACGACGGUGGCAGCAGCAGCAGUAGCGACGAUGACGAGCCGACGGACGAGAAGAAAGAGAUCGCAGCCUCCACGUCGUCCAGUGUGGUGCAGCAGCAUCACUCGAGCCUUGUCGUCGCGCCGGCUGCCAAAAACGAGGCCUCGGACGACAGCAGUAGCAGCAGCAGUGACGACGACGACGCGUCGACCACCCGCCGUCGGUCGCACAAGGCGGAGAAGAAGCGCAAGCACCACAAAGCCAAGAAGGAAAAAAAGGCCAAGAAGGAAAAGAAGACCAAGAAGCACAAGAAGGACUCGAAGCGGCGCCGAAAAGACUAG